CCCAAGGCUCAACAGUCUAGCGGUUUACUGGCCUCCGCGGCCUCUCUCUCCGCAGAAGAGCGACAACACUGCUCGUCCCACCCACUCUGUCUCGGAUCGAUCUCCCCUGACCACUGGGAAGGAGCGGAGGGGCAGCAUGGCCAAGGCAGCCUCUUCGCCGUUGGAGGACUUGGACCUGAGCGGAGAGGAGGUCCAGCGGCUCACCUCCGCUUUCCAGGACCCCAAGUUCCGGCGAAUGUUCUCUGAGUAUGCGGAGGAGCUCACGGACCCCGAGAACCGGAGGCGCUACGAGGAGGAGAUAACUGCGCUGGAGCGUGAGCGCGGCGUGGAGGUGCGGUUUGUGCACCCGGAGCCGGGCCACGUGCUGCGCACCAGCCUGGAUGGGGCCCGGCGCUGUUUCGUGAAUGUAUGCAGCAAUGCCCUGGUGGGCGCGCCCAGCAGCCGGCCCAGCUCUGGGAGCGCGGCGUCCGGCAGCCAGUGGUCCCUGCCCUACAGUCUGGCGCCCGGCCGCGAGUACGCGGGGGGGCGCGGCAUCCGCUACACAGUCUACGACGUGGUCUUCCACCCAGACGCACUCGCGCUGGCCCGGCGCCACGAGCGCUUCCGCCAGAUGCUGGACACCACGGCUCUGGAGGCCGUGGAGAAGCAGUUCGGCGUGAAGCUGGACCGGAGGAAUGCCAAGACCCUGAAGAUCAAGUACAAGGGGACCCCGGAGGCUGCCGUGCUGCGCACGCCCCUGCCCGGGGGCGUCCCGGCCCGGCCCGAGGGGGAACCGGAGAGCCCGCUCCCUGAUUUCCCCUACCCUUACCCGGGCCCUGUGGCCGCUGGGAGUGCCGCGAUCCCCCGGCCCCAGGCACCCUCCCCUCCCGAGCCGGUCCAGCAACCCGCCCCCACAGAGCCUCGCCACAGCGUGGUGCAGCGCCACCACGUGGACCUCCAGGAUUACCGCUGCUCUCGGGACUCGGCCCCCAGCACUGUGCCCCACGAGCUGGUCGUCACCAUUGAGCUGCCGCUGUUGCGGUCGGCUGAGCAGGCAGCGCUGGAAGUGACUGGAAAGCUGCUGUGCCUCGACUCGCGGAAACCCGACUACCAGCUGCGGCUCUCGCUUCCAUACCGGGUGGAUGACAGCCGCGGCAAGGCACAGUUCAACAAGGCCCGGCGGCAGCUGGUAGUCACGCUUCCGGUAGCGGGGACAGUCUCGCUCCCGGAGCUCGCCGCGACCCCGGAAGAGGCCGCCGACCGGCCCGGAACUGAUGGCGCGGCAUGCGCUUCCGCUCGCCAAGGGGAGGCGGGCCCAGCGGGGAUUCGUGCUGGGGACGGAGGCUCUGAUCCCGGCCGAGCUGGAGCUGCAGGCGCCGAUAUCCCUGCCCCGGAGGCCGUUGGGGAGAAGCUUGUCUCAGAACCAGAGGAGCUUGAUUUCGGCGGGCAAGCAAUAUCAACAGCUCGCAUUGGGGAGGAGCCGCUUCCCAGAGCAGGGAACUCACCUGAAGACGGUGGUGGAGGCGCUCCUUGGAAAUCAUCCGGGGACCUUGACGGGAGGUCUCCUACAGGGAGAGGGAGAGCGCGCCCAGCUCUUGGUGUCAAAGUGCACGUGGCCGGAGGAGGCACAGGCAGGGAGCCUGUUGAUCGAUCCAUGGGUGGUCCCGGGACAGACCGCGGGGAACCCUUGUGUCCGCCUCUGCAAUGUAAUCAGGAUGAAGAAUCUCUGACUCUGCUCAUUCAAGUGCCUUGCAUCCAGCCUCAGAGUCUUCAAGGGGAAGUGACCCCCCUGUGGUACAGAUUGUGUUUCUCCACCCAAGACUUAGUAUAUUAUACCUUCUUUUUGCAAUUUACUCCAGAGAAUAAAUUGAGUACCAAAGAACCAGUGGUUAGCAUUUCUUCAAACAAUGCAGUGAUAGAACUGGCCAAAUCUCCAGAGUGCCGUGGACUUUGGAGAGAGUGGUAUUAUGGUUUAAACAACGAUUCUUUGGAGGAAAGGUUAUUUAUCAAUGAAGAAAAUGUUAAUGAGUUUCUUGAAGAGGUUCUAAGCUCUCCAUUCAAACAGACAAUGCCCCUAAGCUCACCAUUAAUAGAAGUUCUUCAGGUUACUGAUAGUAAGAUUGAAAUACAUGCAAAGUUGCAAGAAUGUGGUAACUCUGAGCAGCUUCAUGAAAACAAAGAAGGAGCCAAUGAAGAAAGUCAUCUAACUGAAAAAGAAAAUCUAGAACAUCCUACCUCCUCAACAACCGAUUCUGAUUCAUCUGUAGCAGUCAAAGUACUAGAAGCCGACAGUUGUGGUCUGGUUGCAUGCUUGCAACAAGAGGCUCUUGAUGUUUCUCAGAAGCCAUUUGCAGAGUCAAAAGAUAAUUUAAAAGGACCAGUGAAAAUUGAAGAGAAAGAAUUAGGUGGAGAUCACCCACCUUCAUCACUGAACAAAACUACAGGUCACGAUACACCUGGUUUUGACAACUUAAGGGAAACCAAUAUGCAGGAUGGUAGUGUGCAGAUUAUUAAAGAUCAUGUCACUCAUUGCCCAUUUAGUUUUCAGAAUUCUUUGCUUUAUGACUUGGAUUAGUUAUAUAUAAUUUUAAAAUUUAAAGAUUGAGUAAAAAUUUUUAGACUUAAAAUAUUCUCUUUCAGUUUACUAUCUUAAAACCAAAAGCAUUCAGGAGUUCCCGUCGUGGCGCAGUGGUUAACGAAUCCGACUAGGAACCAUGAGGUUGCGGGUUUGGUCCCUGCCCUUGCUCAGUGGGUUAACAAUCCGGCGUUGCCGUGAGCUGUGGUGUAGGUCGCAGACGUGGCUCGGAUCCAGCGUUGCUGUGGCUCUGGCGUAGGCCGGUGGCUAAAGCUCGAUUUGACCCCUAGCCCGGGAACCUCCAUGUGCCGCGGGAGCGGCCCAAGAAAUAGCAAAAAGACAA